AUGAAACAUUUGUUUCAAAUCAAAGAGCAGAAUAGGGACGCAGGAUCCUCAAAAUCCAGGAUUUCUGAACUUGAAGAAGAACUAAGGCAGGCCCACGAAGCACUGGACCGCAUCCAGCAGGAAAAAGCCUCAGAAGACUCAGAAAGUGAGCUCAAAGACACCAAAGCCAAACUCCGCAUCAUAACAACAAAAUUUGCAAAUGUACGAAAAGAGCGGGACACGCUUAAGAAAGAAAACCGUUCCUUGCAAAGCGAAAUUCUGGAGCUUCAAUCUAACAUGCGGCAGAUGGUUCCUGGCUACCACAACAUUUCAGCCUCAUUUCCGAUGCUCAAUGAAAUCACAGACAUCUGCUCUCAAUUUUAUAAAUGCGACUGCCAAGAUGUAUUUUUCGAAGUUUUAGGCCCUGAAUUAUCAAUGGAAGGUAUUGUCUACUACUUCAGGACUUCUUUUUCCCGAGUAAAUGACCUUAUAAAAGCUUAUUUUACUCCAGCUGAAGAGACACUCAAGCGUGUUAUUGGCAUUGAGACCCUUGAAGGGCCAAUCAUGAACGUCUUGAGAAAAAGCUACCAAGUUUCUUGAAAGAAAAUUUACCAACAAUGCGUAGUUACCAGCUCGCUCCAAAAAAUCGUAGAAGACAUCCAAAGAGUGCUGAGGCUCGGGGACAAUUCGCAGUCAACGAACACACAGAUUUUCAAUUUCAUGCAGAAGUUAAGUGAGUUAUUAUUUACUUUUUGGAUUCAUGACCCUCCAGUUAAGUGUGGAUGGGACACAGUCGGGAAACAAGUCGAAUUCAGCUCACUGCUUCAUGAUGCGUUAGAUGGGUUUAUAAGGCCAGGCGACCAAUGCAUUAUAGUGGUUCCUCCUGUACAGAAGACAAGUGGAGAGGUGCUCGUAAGGUCUGGAGUUCUUCAUGUAGAUUAUGAGAUGAACAUUUAA